CUCACUGGGACAAUGAACUUCCGUCAAGUUUUUACCUUUACCUUUACUUAGAUGCGAGAGAAAUGGGGGGAGACGCGGUGGGCACGGGAGAUCACGAGUUGGUUUCCCUCAAGAACUCCCUCGACGAUCUGUACCUCCUCACCAUGUCCAUCAUCAUCUUUUUCAUGCAGGCGGGUUUCGCGUUCAUGGAAGCUGGCGCCGUCAGAUCCAAGAACACGGUGAACAUCCUCAUCAAGAAUCUCCUCGACAUGUGUAAGUCUGCUUUCUUCGUGCAAGGAAGUCUCUUCGUGAUCGGGGGAAUCGCGUACUGGCUGAUUGGAUUUCCUCUAGCCUUCGGUAGCGAGGGGAAUUCUUUCCUCAGCUACAACUUCUGGGCCAACAGCAAUUUACCCCCAGGCGAAUACGGUCACUGGUUCUUCGACUUCGUCCAUGCCGCCACCGCCUCCACCCUCGUCUGUGGCUCCAUGGCGGAGAGAUGCAAUUUCUAUGCUUAUCUCGUCUAUACUUUCGUCAUCACAGGUUUCAUCUACCCGGUGGCUUCCCAUUGGGCGUGGCACAGGGAGGGAUGGCUGAAGCAGACAGCAUUCAGGGAUUACGCCGGGGGAGGCGUGGUGCACAUGCUGGGUGGCAUGUGCGCUCUCGUCGGUGCUGUCCUCAUGGGUCCUCGCAUCGGACGGUUCCAUGGGAAGACCGGCGAACCGCAAGACAUUCGAGGCCAUUCCGUCCCCGUCUGUAGCAUUUUUCGCAAAUUAAUUUUUAUGGGGACGCGAUGGUUGGCGGCGCUGGGCGGAUUCAUCUUGAUGUUCGGCUUCCUGGCAUUCAACGCCGGGUUCCGGGGUCACAUCAGUCAGCCGGGCGACAGUGAAGUCAUCAGCCGGGCCAUAGUGAAUGCCCUUCUAGGCGCAUGCGGAGGUGGGGUCGGGGCCCUCGUCAUCCACCGCGCUGGGACCUUCGGACACACGAACGCCUGGAGCUUCCUCAUGACGCUCAACGGUGCCCUCGCUGGACUCGUACGUGGAUGUCUAUCCCUUGUGGGCGUGUGCGCGGGGAGCGACGUCUUCCCCUCGUGGGCGGCCCUCGUCGUCGGCGUGGGGGCUGGAUUCACCUUCCUCUGCUUUCACUUCCUCCUCCUCAGGCUGAAAGUCGAUGACCCUCUGGACGCGUUCUCCGUUCAUUUUGGGGGCGGAUUCUUCGGGAUCAUCGCCGUCGCCUUCUUCAUGGAAGGCGGCAUCAUCUUCGAUCCCUCCAGGAACUCUGUCGCGGUGUUGGAAUGGAACCUGGUGGGAGCAUUGGCCAUCUCCGGCUGGUCAGCCUCUCUCUGCCUCGUCCUCUUCGGAAUCCUCAAGAAACUCGGGAUCUUCCGCGUCUCGAGGGAAAUGGAAAUCCAAGGGAUGGACCUGAUGAAGCACGACGAGCCGGCUUAUCCGAGCACUGCUUGGGAGGAUUGCGAUCCCGGACCAUACGGUCCAUCCAGCAUGGCGAGCAAUAUCUUGACCAUCAUGGCCAGCACAGGAUCGGGAGUGGAACAGACGACCCGAAUGCAGGGUCCCUACUCCUCGCGGUCCCGCUCCAACUCAAUCUGCCUGGUCAACGACUUCGUCCCGGCCAUGCUCUCCCCAGUCGACCUCCCCUCCUCCGGCAAUAGCCCCUCGAAGAAUGCCUCCGGGAUCGUGAAGGUGCGCCGUUCCAUAUCGUCCAUCACGCUGACGCUCGAGAAGGACGCGACCUGCAAUCGCAUCUGGACCUCAGCCCGCCUGCGACUCCGGCAGGGUCCCCCCACCCUCAAACCCAACACGGACCUCCCCGAGGGGUACCACCUCUUCAACGUCGCACCCCAGGGCACCCCACCCUCCGUCCUCAAGCCUCCGUACAUUCUGAUUCAAAUCUCCUGCCCGGGCACCGGCGACACACCGAACCUGCAGGGCCUGGAGAACCUGUGCGGGAACCUGAACGACGGGACCCUGCCCGUCAAUCCCUUCGGCCAAAGCUUCAAGGGCUUUGCCUAUCCCUUCGAUCUCAUCCGGAACAAGACGCUGGAGUUCUUCAGCAAGACGCUGCCGGUCCUCUCGCGGGACAACACGCUGCCGAAGGUGGCGGAGUACGCGGGGCCCCCGCCCGCCCGC